CCCACCGAGAAGAGGUGCGCCAUUUUGGCUCAAACAAAGUCAGAAAUAUCGCAUCCCUGAUGAAGUGUUACAAAUCGUUUUCAUGAUAUUCUGUGUCAAAACUCCGAAGGGCAAAACUCUGGUUUCCACAAGUAAACAUUUGACGCCAGUGUAACUUUUUCUUGCUUUUAGACUCUCGUAAGUAGUUGGCUAAUAAUAAUGGGCAAAAGCUCUAGCUGAGCUCCACUGCCAGCCAAGCUAACUUAACGUUUGCUAAAUUUAGCUUUGCGGCUUGUUUUAACUGUGUGAAAUGGGCGGCUGCUCCGCUCCAAACUGCUCCAAUUCAACCAGUAUAGGCAAGCAGUUGUUUAGGUUCCCCAAAGACCCUGUGCGGAAGAAGAAAUGGGUCGUCAACUGUCGACGUGACUUUGAACCAACUCCUCACUCUAGACUCUGUCAGGACCAUUUUGAGCAGAGUCAGUUCGAGGAAAUAGCCAGGUCCCCAGCGGGAGGAAAGAAGCUGAAGCCCAAUGCUAUCCCCACUCUGUUCAGUUUUGGGGACCCUCUUUACCCUGCAGUCACCACCCCAUACAUCCUGCUACCGCUGAAACCUGAACCAGUGGAGAAGGAGCUGAAUUUUGGGGACCAUGGCUACGCUCGACGCAACCCUCUGCCCGGUACGGAGGAGGAGGACGCAGACAGGACAGGUGAAGACCAGCCGCCCUGCUCGCAGUGUUAUCUCCUCAAGAAACAGUUGGAGCAGGAGAUACAGCACACUACAAGGCUUCAGAAGGAGGCUGAGGAAAUGAAGAAGCGCCUGUAUCGUCUCGACCGGAUUGAGAAGGGCCUCCAGAACUUCCUGUACGAGGACCAGAUCAGGGCCCUGUCCCUCACCAAGCGAUCCCGCCGCGCCGUCUGGUCUCCUGAGACAAUCCUGAAGGCCCGAAAGAUCCGCUGUGCGGUCGGCACCAAAGGCUACGAGUACCUGAGAGAGAUCGGAUACCCGUUGCCUUCUUACAGGACUCUGUGUAACCGCUUGGAGACUAAGAUCAUGGUGACGACUGACAUGAGCUGUGAGGAGCUCGCAGAGCUCGGACUGGGACUCAUGGCCACAUGCGACAGUCCAGCAGAAGGUACCGGAGAAAACGAUGAGGAAGAACUGAUAGGGGUUUUGUCCUCGUCCUAGCAGUUUGCAGGAACUGCUAACUCUUACCAAAGGAAGACUGAAGGGAGAAUUUGCUGUGUGACACUUCUGCGGUUCCCUAACCUGGACGCACGUUAUGCUUCUCAUCUCAUCUAUGAAAUACUUACGCAUCAAUUAAAUGUCACCUUGUUGGGCUUGCGAUCCAGACCACGGCCAGUGUGUGAUGCUCAGGCCUGCUUUUAGGCUAGAAUUAUGCUUAUGGUGGUUCUUGCUGACCUUGAAUAUGUGAUGAGCAGUGUGUACCACAAAGCCUGUGACUAUGCAGCCUGUAAUUAAGAGUCAAAUUGUAAUAUCAGUAUGUUACAGCAUAUAUUAUAAUGUGGAGUUGAAGCAAGGUCUUCUUAACAAAUCUGACGACACCAUUUCUAAAUUAACAAAGCCUCGUUUUUCUUCGUUACUUUCUGUGGAAAACAAAAAAAAAAUUCACAUUGGCAAAUAUCAGACAACAUACACCUGACAUCCAUACAGGCAUAUCAGCCGGACUUUACAAAUACUUGGCUCAGAACCUGGUCAAUCUGUCGCCCAUGUUUAAGCUCCCACAGCAGAGCUUUCACAAGAAAUUCACAACUCCGUUCACAUGCACAGUAAAAGGCAGGGUUUGGGAUGUGGACGCCUCCCUGUACAUUAUGCAAGCUUUAUUUUUUUAUGACGUACAACCAAAAUAUUUGUCAUCCGAUGGGGUGGUGUGUGCAGAUAGGACAUAAGUGAAUGUCUGAAAUUGUGCAUUAAAUGUAUUCUGUGUCUUUUGCUUUCAACCCAUAUCAUUUUAAAAAUUCUGUUAUACAGUAAUUCCUUUUAUUGUUAUCAGCAAUAUUGGAAUAUAUGUUGCCCAUUUAGGUCAUAUUCACACAACUGAAAUAUUGGUUGUUAAAGAGGAUUCCAAAUCCCUCCACUGCUUAAUAACUAGUGUAAUUGUACACUAAAUACCUUGGCCGUUAUGUUUUGUUGACAGUUUGACCCAUGGCUUUGAAGUGAUCAGAUUUGCAGUGUAGUUUUAGUUACAAAGAAAGGUAUCAAGAAAUUCUCAGACCAGUCACAGUAAUUCAUGUGACGCUUGAAAAUAAAACGAAAGAAAUACCUGUUUCUUU